GUCUCCCACUUUCAUUGACGAACUCUCAACUCUACAUUCCAAAAUGCUGCUGAGGCGAGUGCUGCGACGAGCUUCCAUUUCCAACGCCUUGUUCGCUCCUCGCUUCUCCUUCUCCUCUUCUUUGCUUCGCAAAUGCCCUCUUUCCUCCUCUUCUGAAAUCCCACGCAAUUCUUUCGUCGAACAAUGGGACGAUCCGAACCAAACCAUUCCUCAACCCACCGCCACAAUAUCCGUCGACCGCUCCGGCCUUUGCAAUCCACCUGAGCAUUCUCAUGGACCUACUUCCGACUCUGAGCUCGUCAAGCACCUCAAAGGAAUCAUCAAGUUUCGUGGUGGGCCAAUCUCAGUUGCCGAGUAUAUGGAGGAAGUCUUGACAAAUCCUAAAGCUGGAUUCUACAUCAAUCGAGAUGUUUUUGGAACAGAAGGUGAUUUUAUCACCUCUCCUGAAGUUAGCCAGAUGUUUGGAGAGAUGGUUGGUGUUUGGGCAAUGUGCCUGUGGGAGCAAAUGGGACAACCAAAGAGAGUUAACCUAGUUGAGCUAGGUCCGGGGCGAGGAACUCUCAUGGCCGAUCUUCUUCGCGGUGCCUCAAAGUGUAAGAAUUUCACUGAGUCAUUGCAUGUACACUUGGUAGAGUGUAGUCCAGCACUGCAGAAGCUUCAACACCAGAAUUUGAAGUGCGUGGAUGAAGAGCCUACGCCCGACAAGGUUGAUAAAAGGACUGUCAGCACAUUGGCUGGAACCCCUGUAUCAUGGCAUGCUGCAUUGGAGCAAGUUCCGUCGGGAUUGCCUACAAUCAUCAUUGCCCAUGAAUUCUUUGAUGCUUUACCAGUCCAUCAAUUUCAGAGGGCUUCUCGUGGCUGGUGUGAGAAAAUGGUCAAUGUUGCAGAAGAUUCGAAGUUUCGUUUUGUUCUGUCUCCACAGCCUACACCUGCAACUUUAUACCUGGCAAAACGCUGCAAAUGGGCUACACCUGAAGAAGUGAGUAAGCUUGAGCAGAUUGAGGUUUGCCCCAAAGCAAUGGAGUUGACUCAAACUAUUGCUGAUAGAAUCAGUUCUGAUGGAGGUGGGGCUCUUAUAAUUGAUUAUGGCCUGAAUGGAACAGUCUCAGAUAGUCUGCAGGCAAUUCGGAAACAUAAAUUUGUCAGCAUUCUUGAUGAUCCAGGAUCCGCUGAUCUUAGUGCAUAUGUUGAUUUUGCUUCCAUCCGGCACUCUGCUGAGGAAGCUUCAGGGCAUGUAUCUGUUCAUGGGCCAAUUACUCAGUCUCAAUUCCUUGGUUCUCUUGGGAUUAAUUUCCGAGUGGAAGCUUUACUGCAGAACUGCACGGAUGAACAAGCCGAGUCUCUAAGGACUGGAUAUUGGCGUCUGGUGGGUGAAGGUGAAGCACCGUUUUGGGAGGGACCAGAGGAACAAGUGCCUAUUGGAAUGGGUACCCGAUAUUUGGCCAUGGCUAUUGUGAACAAGAAACAAGGUGUUCCAGUUCCAUUUCAGUGAAUACUUGGAUAACGCGGCUUUGUGUUGUAGAUUAUCAAUACACAAGUUUGUUUAGUUCACUAACAAUCUGGCAUAGAUUUGCGCAAAAUUUUAUUCAUGUGUUAAAUCUUUUUUGCUCUUUUCAGACUUUUAUCUUAAGCAUCAGAGUUGCAUUGCACAGUUUUUACACAAGCGAAUCCUUCUUGCUGCUUUUUAUUAGCUUUCCAAGCAAGAAGUGUGGGUGCCCAAAGGUGGUA